ACCGCAGCUCAUCCUCCAGGGCGGAGAGAGGUGGCAUUUGAGUCCUCCGGUAUCCCAGCAGGCAGUGCAGCCUAGAGAUGCUGACAAAGGACUGGAGGGAGCAGUCGCAGCUGCUUUCCGAGGAACCGGUGUUGCCGAGAUUGCCAAAAUGCUUUGGAGUUUUUAACUGAUUUUAAGAAAAGCCCAAAAUAGAUUUGAGACUGUAAAAACUGAAGCUGCAGCAAGGGGGAUUCAGUGCCAAUGCAUCAACAAAAAAGACAGCCAGAGUUAGUGGAAGGAAAUCUUCCUGUCUUUGUGUUUCCCACAGAGCUGAUAUUUUACGCAGAUGACCAGUCAACGCAUAAGCAAGUGUUGACGCUGUAUAAUCCCUAUGAGUUUGCCUUAAAGUUCAAAGUUUUGUGUACGACUCCAAAUAAGUAUGUUGUCGCUGACGCUGCAGGUGCAGUAAAGCCUCAGUGUUGUGUGGAUAUUGUGAUUCGUCAUAGAGAUGUUCGAUCCUGUCACUAUGGUGUAAUAGACAAAUUCCGUCUCCAAGUUUCCGAGCAAAGCCAGAGGAAGGCUUUAGGAAGGAAAGAGGUCGUGGCUACUCUUCUCCCGUCGGCAAAAGAACAACAAAAGGAAGAAGAGGAAAAAAGAAUAAAGGAACAUUUAACUGAAAGUUUAUUUUUUGAGCAGUCGUUUCAACCAGAAAACAGAACUGUCUCCUCAGGACCUAGUUUACUAACUGUCUUCCUGGGAGUGGUGUGUAUUGCAGCUCUGAUGCUUCCCACGCUGGGGGAUGUGGAAUCGCUGGUGCCUCUCUACCUCCACUUAAGUGUCAAUCAAAAAUUAGUGGCUGCUUAUAUCUUAGGUCUUAUCACAAUGGCUAUACUUAGAACAUGAAUGAGCAAGGAAUUCACUUGACUUCUGAAGUAAAUUUAUCUUGAAAAUAUGAAUGUGGACUGCCUUUUAUCUCUAUUUCACCCUAUUAACAUGCUACAAACUAUUGAUUGAUUUGCAAUCAUUGCAAAUGUAUAAUAUAUAUUUUAAAUUACUCUAUAAUUUUAUUCCAAGGACUCCAGCACAUUAUGUUACAGACAGCAAGGAAGCUUUCUGAGUGACACUUAGGAAAUUUUUUGAAGAAAUUCUUUUUAUAUCUAAGCCGACCGUGCAAAAGACUUUAAUUAAGACAUUUGUUAUUUUCUCACCUUUUUUCUAAUUCACUUUGAUGGUUGAGAUCAUGUAUCCUUCAAAGUUAAAGGCCUAAAAGAGCAAACUGACCAGCCUGAAAAUGAAAUUACAUUUAUUUCCUA